AUGUUUCAACAGUUUUUCUUGAGUUUAUUUGUACUCAAGUGCGCCCUCAGUGCCGGGAUAAAUUCGCAUAGGGAGACUAUAACUACUUGCGGCGGCGAUUUCUCGGGGUACGAGUAUACAGUAACAUCCCCGAAUUAUCCUCAAAAUUACCCGGAGAAUGUCGACUGUGUCUACGUUCUUCGGGGGAGUCCUCGAGCCAAGUGCAAUCAGAUGUUCAAUCUGCAGUUUUUGGAUUUCUCCCUGAGACCCUCGGAAAAUUGCCAAGGGGAUUUCGUGGAGAUUGGUGACAGGAGUUUAUUCUGUGGAAGCGUUGGAGGAAUUCGGAGGUAUCCGGGAAUGGAUAAUAGCUUGAGAAUUAGAUUUCACAGUGGUAAAAGGGGAAAUGGGAGCGUUGGGAGGGGUUUCAAAAUCACUGUGACGACGUUACCGUGUCCUUCAGAGAGAGACAAUUCAAGUUUCCACCACCCAUCGAGAUUCGACGAGAACCGAGAGGAUAAUUUCAUCCCCGGAGUGGAGCCACUGACCGAAGAGCCCUCAUCCGCUCCCCAACAAAUCUCCUCCAACCACAUUUACCCAGUCUACCGUCCAGCCUCACAAUUCACUUUAGAGGACCACAUUCUCUCUAAAAACUUCCAAACAGCUGACAACCCCGUCCUCUCCGUGAUUCCACUCGAAACCUCGUCUCCCUCCAGCCCCCCUAAAUUAUUCCCGGCCAACCCCCCCGAAAAGUCGCAUCUCGUAAAAAAUGUAAACACUGAUUUCCCCCGGCCCGUGAAAAUAUCCUCUUACUUCUUCGCCUCUCCGGAGUCCGAAGCCCCCCCAAAGCUUCAAGAGCCCUCUCAACUCCUCUCCGAACAACUUCCUCCCACUCACAGAAGAACCCCCCCCUUCCGACAAUCCCAAGCAGACCCACUUUCGUCAAAUUUCCGAGAAGCCGCAACAGUUUCACCGAUUGGCAAUCAAUUAUCCAGAUUAGAAGACUUCAACCAAUUGAACGAUAAAAUCGGAAUACCAGCUGCUUCUUACGGUCUUCCCGGAUCGAUAGCCUACCCCCAAAUAUCUGACCUAAAACCGGGGGAAGUGUUGGACACACCUCGAGAUGUCGAUUGCUUCGGAAAAGUAAAUGUCAACAGCGGCCGAGGACCCUCACUAGGAAAUGAUUAUCCCCGAAAUGCUUUCGCCCCCGCAGGCUCAUAUCCGGCGACAACCUACGGUCAGCCGGGCUCAUCCUUCCUCUCACCGAGUAACCCAGCGCCUCCACCACCCACGCAGUAUCUGCCGAGUGUCCCGAGGCCGAGUGGCUUCAUUCCAACCCAGAAUCCGGGCAUCUACUUCCCCGGAAUUGGAGCGAGACUAGGUCAAUGCUGCGGCAGUCUGUUCUCUGGUCAAAGGUUUCUCCUAACCAGCCCUGGAUUUCCGACUCUGCUUUACAAUGGGAAUAGUUACGAGUGUGUAUACAACAUCGCUCCUCACUCCCAGAACGUCUGUCGUCUCCGCUUGAACUUCAAGUUCUUUAAUCUGGGGACUGAAGACUCUUUCUGCAGCGGCGGACACUUGGAGAUCGACGGCAGGAGGUACUGCGGGUGUAAGACUGGUCUGAGUGUCGUCUCCGAUGUGCCUAAUCUCCUAGUGAAGACUAUUGGGGUAAGAUACAUGGGGCUCCCCAGGACGAAGCUGAAUGGGUUUGUGAUGGAAGUCGUUCAGGAGAGUUGUGGGUAUCCUGUCUUGGCCAGGAGCAAGAAGGACGUUGGUAACGGAACAUUUGGUCAUGAUGAUGGUGGGGAGAGGAAGGGAACUGCUGUCAGGGUGAAGAGGAACCUGGGGUACUCCUACGCCAAACCAAAUAUUCCUUUCGACCAGCCUGGAGCACCACCUGGACAUGCGGGGGACAUUGGACACCUGGGAUUCACUUCUUCGACUAGAUGUCAGGCUCUGAGCUUCAUCGAUUGGACUCUGGCUGCCAAGGAGGUGUACCUCAAGGGUGCAAGGUGCACUUCAGGGGGCGGGGGGCGAAUCCCAGAUUAUCCGAAUUAUCCAGGAGGAUAUUUUCCUCCUAAUUAUCCAGGCAAUGGGAACGGACUCCCUGGUUACCCAGGUGGUAAUCUUCCACCUAACUAUCCGGGCAAUGGAUUUCCUAAUUAUCCGGGAGGUGGAAACUUUCCGCCCAGUUAUCCAGGAAUAGGAACUGGACUGCCUAUUUAUCCAUCGAAUGGAAAUCCAGGUGGCGCGCCAGGCUAUCCCCCGAGCAAUGGGAUUCCCCCGAAUUCAGGGAAUUGCGAGACCGUUUCAGUCGUCGAAGGAAUAUUUUCAUCGCCGUUUUAUCCCAGCCCCUACCCCAACAAUGUCAACAGGUGCUGGAGGUUCUAUAGAUCACCGAUAGGAUGUAGACUUCAAUUAUCCUUCUUGGAUUUUGAUGUGGAAUCGAGUCAGGGAUGUGUCAAGGAUUAUCUCAGUAUCAGUGGGCAGAAUAAUAGGUUUUGUGGAAGGACAUUGGCUGGAAGUAAAACACUCCUUGGCUUUCCAACAAGCAACUUCAUCGACAUCCGUUUCAUCUCCGAUGACUUUGGCACUGGAAAAGGAUUUACCAUCGGAUUCACCCAGCUUCCAUGCCAAGUCGAAGCGAAUCGUUAAUUACUAGUUUAUUAUUAUUUAGGUUAAUAGGUUCAUUGCGUAAUUUUGUACUCAAUUUUUUACUCUACGUGUUAUACUCAACUCAACAUAUUUUUAUAAUCGACGAGGGAGAAUGAAAUGAUAGAGUCAGAGCACUUAUAAUUAGUUUAUUGACAAUUUGAAUUAAAAUCGUUUGACACUUUAUAAUACUUAUCUGGGUAUUGAUCAUCACCUUCAAUUAUCAUUCUGGAGAGGCCAUUCAAUAGACAUCGUCUAUACCCUUGAUACUAAAUUGCUACAAUUGGCAACAUCGAUUAGCAGAAGUUAUUCGUUAAACUUUAUAUUCAGUAAACACGUGAUGAUGAUGUUUUUAUUUCGAUUAACAAUGGAUAUUGUGCCACCUUGAUUGUCCUGACUAGAAAUACUGUAUGAUGUUCAUUCCGUCGUCUCUAAAUGAGCGUCAGUGAAAAUAAAGA